AUGAGUGAACUGUUAGCGAAACAGCAAGCAUUGUUUCAUUCAAUCUCCCGGUCACUUGACAACUUUCGAAAGGUCGGGAAAAACAAUUACGCACCCGCAAAAAUACGAUCGCGAGUGUCCGCCCUGAAAGAGACAUGGGCUCAGUGCAUUGAUACGCAUUCAUCGUUGCUGCAAGCCGUGCCAGAAGCAAAGCGAGAGUCGGUCGACUACUUCCGGAGUCAGCUUUUCGACACACACGAAGACGUCUAUCAGGAGACUCUGGACUACAUGGCGGAGCGUCUCGAGGAGAUCGAACCGCCGAUGACUUCCACCUCGGCAAAUCAUCGCGCCAGUGAGUCUUCAUCAGCCUUUUCGCUGUCUCAUCUACCACCCAUCAGCAUUCCACCGUUUUCGGGCAAGUACGACGAAUGGGAAAGUUUUCGCGAUCGUUUUUCGUCGCUCAUUAUCCACAAUAAGGACUUGUCCGCGUUCGCGCGUAUGCACUUCUUAUCCUCGAGCUUGACCGGGCGCGCUCUGGACGCGAUUAAGAACAUUCCAGUAACAGCCGACAAUUUCGAGAUCGCUUGGAAAACUCUGGUGUCGCGCUAUGAGAAUAAACGUCGCUUGGUCGAUAUUCAUGCCGCGUCGCUGUGUAAUCUCCCGAGUGUUUCACGCGAGUCAGCUUCGGAAUUAAACGAACUACGAGAUAAAGCCAAUCAAGCUAUCGCGUCUCUAAAAACACUCAAGCGAUCAUCCGAAGACAUUCUGAACGAUCUCCUCGUGUAUACAGUCUCUCAAAAACUCGAUCCUGCUACGCGAAAAGCGUGGAAGCUCAAAGGGGGGGACGAAACGGCUAUUCCGUCAUACGCAGAUCUCGAUCGCUUCAUCGCCUCUCGCGCUCGCGCUCUCGAGGAAUUGGCGCCUCCAAGCGCUACGAAACAAGCACGGUCGCAAAGGACAACGAGCGCGACGGCGUCCGCAACGUCCGCAAUCUCGUGCCCACUGUGCAAAUCGGCUCAUUUUAUCAACAAGUGUCCGCAGUUUAUUAAGAAAAACCCGAUACAACGUGCGGAAAUCAUAAAAAGCAGCAACCGUUGCAUGAACUGCUUGAGCGCAAAACACGCAGUAAAGUCGUGCCCCAGCAAAUACGCCUGUCGCACGUGUCAGCAAAAGCAUCACUCGAUGCUACACCUUAAUGCAGAUUCUCCGUCAGUCGAAACAGCCAGCCCGCUCGACUCCAAUGCGCAAGCAAAGACCGCUGAGACUGCUGCUGUAUUAAAUAUGACGACCAAAACUCUUUCGCGACCUCACGUGUUGCUGGCAACCGCUAAAGUCCAGGCUCGGACAGCAUCAGGUCGCGCCAUCGUCGUUCGAGCAUUAAUCGACCAAGGCUCGGAAAUAACUUUUAUGACCGAACGACUCGCGCGGAUCCUAAAAGUGCGCCGCGUUCGCGCACCGGUUGCCAUUUCAGGCGUCGGAAGCUUCGACGCUGGCUCUUGUCGUUUCACCGCAAACAUAAUUCUUUCUCCUUGCGACAACUCGAAGCCGGCCCUCGAGAUUUGCGCGUCUAUAAUGAAGUCGCUGACGAGCUACGCCCCGUCGCCUGCGGUCUCUCCCGUCAAUUGGGAUCAUCUCGCGGAUCUUUCUCUCGCGGAUCCGGAUCCUCUCAGCGCAGAUCCAAUUGAUCUGCUCUUAGGCGCCGAUCUUUAUGCUAAUCUAAUUCUCGAGGGCGUGCGAAAGGGCGAAAGCGGCCAACCUGUGGCGCAAAAUACCGUCUUUGGAUGGAUCAUCUCGGGCUCGACGGCGACUCGUGAGGACUCACGUCACGUCACCGUCCAGCAUUGCGCAAACAAUCUAUCACUCGAUAAGCUUCUCCAGAAUUUUUGGGAGAUCGAGGAGCUGCCGCGCCAGACACUACUCAGCCCCGAGGAGCAGCAGUGCGAGGAGCAUUUUGUGUCGACGCACUCGCGCGAUUCGAACGGUCGGUACAUCGUGCGUCUCCCAUUCAAGCGAGGCCCUCCGAUCGAAAUCGGAAGCUCGCAUGGGACCGCCAAACGCUUGUUGCAAGGAUUGCAGCAACGCUUCAAUGAAAAUCCGCAAUUAAAAGCGGAAUACAGUGAUUUUCUUAGCGAGUAUGAGCGAAUGGGACAUAUGCGAACCAUAACGUCUCCCGGGCACGACUCAGCGCAAUGUGUUUACAUUCCGCAUCACCCGGUUAUUCGCGAGAGCAGCGUUACCACGCACUUGCGCGUCGUGUUUAACGCCUCGAGCCGCACUGGGAAUGGAUCGACGCUAAAUGAUCAUUUGCUCGCGGGUCCGAAAUUGCAGACCGACUUAGCGGCGGUAAUUCUACGAUGGAGACAGUUUCGCUACGUUUAUGCCGCCGAUAUCGCAAAAAUGUAUCGCCAAAUACGAGUAGAUCCUCGCGACGUCGACUACCAGCGAAUCUUGUGGUUCCGUGAUAACGACCACAGCGUACAAGCGUAUCAGUUGCUCACGGUGACAUACGGUACGGCUUCGGCGCCCUUUUUAGCACUUCGCGUGCUUCGUCAGCUUGCUCAAGACGAAGGAGAUGCGUUUCCCUUGGCGGUCUCGGUGCUCCAAGAUCAUAUUUACGUCGAUGAUGUCCUCUUCGGGGCGGACGACAUUCCGAUGCUUCGACAAAUCCGCGAACAGCUGUGCACACUGUUAGCCCGAGGUCAGUUCGAAUUGCGAAAGUGGGUCAGCAACUCGUCAAAAUUAUUGAGCGACAUCGCCGUCGAAAAUCACGGGUUAGCUUGCUCUAAAAUUCUACAAAAUAAUGAGCACAUAAAAAUUCUCGGUAUCAGCUGGAAUCCGGCGUCGGACGUCUUCGAAUUUCGCGUGUCACUUCCUCUCUCGAUUCCAAACACAAAACGGGCGAUCUUAUCCACCAUCGCGAAGCUGUUCGAUCCACUCGGUUGGAGCACGCCCGUGACAAUUUCAGCCAAAAUCCUUCUGCAAAAAUUGUGGCAGCUUAAAGUGGACUGGGAUGAAACUAUUCCAUUAACAUUGGUAAGCCAGUGGGAGUCCAUAAAAACGUCGCUGGUCGACCUAAACGGGCAGCGACUCGCUCGCUGGAUACAGCAAGGAUCCGAUACAAUGGAAUGCGAGCUUCACGGCUUCUCUGACGCGUCUACCACUUCUUACGCCGCCGCCGUUUAUCUUAGGCUCACAUCCAUCUCUGGGGAGAUAACUUCCGCGUUGCUUGUCGGAAAAUCAAAAGUCGCGCCGAUCAAAUCAUUAAGUAUUCCUCGGUUGGAGCUAGCCGCGACCGUCCUUCUGUCUCGGUUGAUGGAAUUCAGACCAACGUGGUUGCGUCUUCCGGCAUCUGAAUGGCCCGCACUGGUUGACUCUUCGUCCGAAGCGCCUCUCGAACAGCGACUUUGCGCCGCCGCUCAUGUAGUAAAUCCACCGGAGCCGUGA